GUGUGACCUCGGUUUUUUCAGGUGUUUUUGUUUGAUGUGGGUGGAAAGACAUGGAAGUUCUACAACUGGAGCAUGGUGACAACAGUGGCAACAUUUGGAAAAUAUGAUGCUGACCUCAUGUGUUACGCUCACUCCAAAGGAGCUCGAGUAGUCCUCAAAGGUGACGUUCCCCUCUCCUACGUUGUGGACCAAGAUAACAGGACAGCGUGGAUAACGGAGAAAGUCAAUUUGGCCAAAAGUCAGUUUAUGGAUGGAAUCAACCUCGACAUUGAACAAGCGGUGGAGGAGGGCUCGCCAGAGUACCAUGCUUUGACAGAUCUGGUGAAAGAGACCACGGAGACGUUCCACAGGGAGAUCCCAGGAUCACAGGUCUCAUUCGAUGUUGCCUGGUCCCCACACUGUGUCGACGGGCGCUGUUACGACUACGUCACCAUCGCUGAAUCCUGCGACCUGCUGUUCGUCAUGUCCUACGACGAGCAGAGUCAGAUCAUGGGGGACUGUAUUGCCAUGGCAAACGCUCCGCUCAAUCAAACUCUAAAUGCUUACGACGAGUAUUUGAAACUGAAGAUCGAUCCAAAGAAGCUAGUGAUGGGAGUUCCAUGGUACGGCUAUGACUACGUGUGUCUCAACCUUUCCCAGGAGGGAAUAUGCUCUAUAGCCAAAGUUCCUUUCCGUGGAGCUCCCUGCAGCGAUGCAGCCGGGAAACAGAAAACAUACAAGUGGAUCAUGAAGCAGGUCAACAGCUCGAUGUCUGGCAGGAUGUGGGACAGCAAGCAGGAGGCUCCUUACAUCAAUUACAAGGACGACAUUGGACGUAUUCAUCAGGUUUGGUAUGAUGAUCCACAGAGUAUUUGUGCCAAGACGGACUAUGUGACAUCUAGAGGCUUGAGGGGCGUUGGCAUGUGGAACUCCAACAUCUUGGACUACAGCGGCGAAGCUGUCGCCAGGCAACAGACGGUAAUGAUGUGGAAUGCUCUGUUGGGAUGCUAGCUGGGAUACACUCAACACUGGUGCAGAAAUGUUCACCGCCCCUGAGCCCACUCCUGUUUGUUGCUAAGUCAAUAUAUCCCUUUGUAACAGUAGAGUUCAGGGAUACCUGCACUUCAGAGUUUAUUGUGGCUUUUAUUGCUGUCGUGUUUGGAUGUAGUCACAUCUCAGACAUUCCUCUGCUAAAUGAAAUGACUCUGAUGCUCUUUUUAAUGUUGUUUGCACUGAAUAUGUUUGAUUGAACAAUGUGGGCUUGUUGGGGUCUGAGCGCUAUUUUUCAUAAAUAAAACAUUUUUGAAUAACCUA